AUGACCAUUAGACUGGCCUUUGAAUUUAGGUCAUACUCUUUAGGCCUCCCUCAGCCGCGUGACUCGAAUUGAAUGUAAAUGCCAUGCCCUAGUCUAUACGACAACCAUCCAUAAACCUUGAAAGACGUUAGGCCCACUUCUCUCGCUGUCUCUUACAUAAGUUACAUAUGGCUAUAAGCCCCGUCUAUUGUGUUGGCAAAGCAAACUAGGGUGGAAGGCUUUACCUUCUAAUGCUGUGAAAAUCUUCCUAUGGAUUGUAUUAGAAAUGUGUAAAUGCUUUUUGCCUGACGAUGCGUUAAAAGUUUACUCCUAGUGUACGUCUGUCAGCAUUGCUUUGACAAAGCAGUGUUAAGUUUCUGUAGUUUCAUACUGUCGUUAAUUUCAUGUGAAAGGGAGUCCGAUGAUUACAAUCGUGGAAUUGCAACAAGGCGGAUAAUUUUUCUGGCUCAGACAUGGCACUAUAUUACAGUAUAAUUUAGUUGAUGCAUGAGUGUGAGAUUCAAACCUCAGUCGUUACUCUCCUAACCAUAGAUGCCAUACAUUAUCUAGGCACCUACCUGUGUUAUGAUAAACAACCUUGCAUUAAGAAUUGUUUGCUUUGCAAUAACUCAGAUGACUCGCUCUGGAUGAAAGCCAGACAAAACACAGAUAAUAUUAGGCUGUUUUGAUUGCUAUUGUCAAAACACCUUCAAUAAUCCCUCAUAAAUUGCCUAUGCAUGGGUUGCCUGACAACGUCACAAAAAUGAUGCACGUGCAUUGCAGGGGUAAAAGGCCUUCUUUUUUUAUUCUGAACAGUCAGAUGGCUAGUAACAAUGACGAGAAUCUGCCAUGUGGGAAAUUGUAGGUGGCUAGUUUCAGCUAGUUAUAUCUUGUUCUUGAAACCAUGUCUUGUUUUUGAGGUGUUUUGAGUUAUUUCACGUCUAUGCUAAUAUAGCUAAAAUUAGCUAGCUUGCUAACCAACGACUGUAACCAUGUACAGUGCCUUCAGAAAGUAUUCACACCCCUUGACUUUUUCCACAUUUUGUUGUUACAAACUGGGAUUAAAAUUGAUUUAAUUGUCAUUUUUUUGGUCAAUGAUCUACACAAAAUACUUUAAUGUCAAAGUAGAACAUUUGUAAAAACAAUCAUGAAAAAUAAAACACGAAUAUCUCUUGAUUACAUAAGUAUUCAACCCCCUGAGUCAAUACAUAGUAGAAUCACCUUUGGCAGCGAUUACAGCUGUGAAUCUUUCUGGGUAAGUCUCUAAGAGCUUUACACACCUGGAUUUUACAAUAUUUGCACAUUAUUCUUUAUAAAAUUCUUCAAGCUCUGUCAAGUUGGUUGUUAAUUAUUGCUAGACAGCCAUUUUCAAGUGUUGCCAUAGAUUUUCAAGCCAAUUUAAGUCAAAACUGUAACUGGGCCACUCAGGAAACAUUAAAUGUCGUCUUGUUAAGCAACUCCAGUGUAUAUUUGGCCUUGAGUUUUAGGUUAUUGACCUGCUGAAAGGUGAAUGUGUCUCCCAGUGGCUGUUGGAAAGCUGACUGAACCAAGUUUUUCUGUAGGAAUUUGCCUGUGCUUAGCUCUGUUCCGUUUUUUUUUAUCCCCCUCAAAAAAUCGCUAGUCUUUGCCGAUGACAAGCAUACCCAUAACAUGAUGCAGCCACCACCGUGCUUGAAAAUAUAAAGAUUGGUACUCAGUGAUGUGUUGUUGGGUUUGCCCCAAACGUAACACUUUGUAUUCAGGACAUCAAGUACAUUUCUUUGACACAUUUGAUGUAGUUUUACUUUAGUGCCUUAUUGCAAACUGGAUACAUGUUUUGGAAUAUUUGUAUUAUGUACAGGCUUCCUUCUUUUCACUCUGUCAUUUAGGUUAGUAUUGUGGAGUAACUACAAUGUUGGUGAUCCAUCCUCAGUUUUCUCCUAUCACAGCCAUUAAACUCUAAUUGUUUUAAAUUGGCCUCAUGGUGAAAUCCCUGAGCGGUUUCCUUCCUCUCCGGCAACUGAGUUAGGAAGGACACCUGUAUCUUUUGUAGUGACUGGGUGUAUUGAUACACCAUCCAAAGUGUAAUUAUUAACUUCACCAUGCUCAAAGGGAUAUUCAAUGUCUGCUUUUUACAAUUUUGUCACCAAUAAGUGCCCUUCUUUGUGAGGCAUUGGAAAAGCUCCUGGUCUUUGUGGUUGAAUCUGUGUUUGAAAUUAACUGCUUUGACUGCGGUACCUUACAGAUAAUUGUAUGUGUGUGGUUCAGAGAUGAGGUAGUCAUUUCAAAAAUCAUGUUAAACAAUAUUAUUGUGUACAGAGUGAGUCCAUGCAACUUAUGUGACUUGUUAAGCACAUUUUUACUCCUGAACUUAUUUAGGCUUGCCAUAACAAAGGGGUUGAAUACUUAUUGCCUCAAAACAUUUCAGCUUUUUAUUUUUUAUUAAUUGGUAAAAAUGUCACUGUUAUUGUGUGUAGGCCAGUGACAGAAAACCAUGUUAUAUUUAAGGCUGUAACGCAACAACAUGUGGAAAAAGUCGGUGUGUGAAUACUUUCUGAAUGGACUGUAUUUGAGAGACAACAGGUGCUUAUUGUGCAAAUGCAUUUGAUUUCAAUAAACAAUAUUUUGUCUCCAAAUAUUUAACUUUACAUGUUGUCAAUAAUCGUUUGAAUGUCAGCCAACCCUCUGCACACGCAUCUGUUUUGUUGCUAAACAACCCACCCCUCUAUAGCUGUCUGGAUCUGAGUGAUAUUCACCUGUGUAAAAGUAAAACAACUGCUGAUGCUUUAUAAAUACUUUUCAUUUGAAUGGAUGUGAUUGUUAACCGUUGUGUUUGUUGCAGUCCAACGGCCAGACCCGAGGCCAGCGGCUCCACGUCGUCAGCCCCUGCCAAGCCCAGCGGUCCAACCCAUAAGAUCUGCCUGGUGUGUUCGGACGAGGCGUCUGGUUGCCAUUAUGGAGUCCUCACCUGCGGAAGCUGCAAGGUCUUCUUCAAGAGGGCCGUUGAAGGUUGGUGAUGGAGUAAACACCCACACUCACAACUCCAUUCAUGCCCAGUUCUCCCUCUCAAUAACAGACUAUAGUUGAACAUAUGUACAGGUCAAUGCACAUCGAGUUUGCAGUAGGACACUGUUUGACUGUUGUCCUUACCUAUAGGCUAGCCUAGAUAUUCUAACAAAAGCGUACCGGUUGGCUCAGUGUUAAAAAGCGGGCUCAUUUUAAUGUUUCAUUUGAGCAGACUAUUUUAUUGAACUAAUUUUCUUACAUUUUCUAAGAUUAGGAGCAGAGACAUUUUAGGUUCACACAAAUAUAAUCAGAAAAGGUUUCCUUAGGUUUCUAUUACACCAGGUCGGAGUAGGCUAGUGUCUCAUGGUUUUCUAUCAGGCUGUAGUGUCUAUGCUGCUAUUUUUGUGUCCAACCAAUCGUUUGCAUCCUAUACCUAUGAACAGCCUGUCCAAAAGACUGUUGGUCAUUAGAGUUACAUGAGAUCUUCUCUCCUGUUUCAUAUGGGAGAGAUGUCAAGGGGUCUGAAUACUUUCUGAAUGCACUGUAUGUGUGUGUUUGGGACUUGUAGCCUAUAUCGGUUUGUUACUUUAACAAUUUUCACUUAACGUAGACUACAUUUUGUCUUAUUCCAAGCUCACUACCACAGUCAAUGUAACCAUUCACUAGGACCUCCUUUGAAGUCCUGGGGCGGCAGGUAGCUUAGUGGUUAAGAGCGUUGUGCCAGUAAUCGAAAGGUCGCUGGUUCUAAUCCCCGAGCCGACUAGGUGAAAAAUCUGUUGAUGUGCCCUUGAGCAAGGCACUUAACCCUAAUUGCUCCUGUAAGUCGCUCUGGAUAAGAGCGUUUGCUAAAUGACUAAAAUGUAAGUCCAUUUAAUUGCUCUGAAUGCUUGACAAGUGGGCUGCUAUGCUACUGUUACUCCCUGUGAAUAGAAUGGAGCAGCCGUGAACGUUAUCAUUGUUCAGGGCAGUCUGAAUAGGUAUUCAUUUUGAGGUGUAUUUACAUAGUUUGUAACACAACUAUUUAAUUCACAGUGUUACUAUUUAAUUCACAUGAAAGUGCAUACAUUAGUAUUUUGUAUUCAAAGAAUGGAGAUAUAGCUACUGUAUAUGUUUAUUGUAAAAUUAAAACCCUGAGUUUAAAUACAAAAAUAACAGAUAUUACUCUGAGUGAAAUACAAUAUUUUAGUUUAAAGGAUAAUUGUUACAUAUUGUAUACGUUAUUUCAACUUUACUGGUAUAAAUGACCAAGUAAAAUAAUAUUUUACUUUUUUGAUACUUCAAUUGAGCAGUACUUUCAGCAAGAAGACGUCAUAUCUGUUAUUUUGAUCUUUCUUCCCCCAUUCUACGGUUGUUGUCGCUAUGGUGAAGGAUGGAGAGCACGACAAAACACAGAUGGUAAAUAAACCCACCUUUUAAUAACGCUUAUGCUUUAUCCAUGUCCCUCAAGCACUGUACUGGAAAUCUGACCUGAUAUGCAAGAUUGAACAUGCACAGUCUCUCGUGUACCCUUCUCAAUGCAUGUGUUUGUGAUUUGAUGAUUCAUAAUGUAUUUUGGUUUUAAAUUCUGUUUUAAAUUCCUGCUUGGAAUGUGGCUCUAUCAUCACUUAGCUAAUAUAGUUCAUUAAAGGCCCAGUGCAGUCAAUGUGAUUUUCCUGUGUUUUUUUAAUAUAUAUAUAUAUAUAUAUAUAUAUAUAUAUAUAUAUAUAUAUAUAUAUAUAUAUAUAUAUAUAUAUAUAUAUACACAGUACCAAUCAAAAGUUGGGACACACCUACUCAUUCAAGGGUGUUUCUUUAUUUUUACUAUUUUUUACAUUGUAGAAUAAUAGUGAAGACAUCAAAACUAUGAAAUAACACAUAUGGAAUCAUGUAGUAACCAACAAAGUGUUAAACAAAUCAAAAUAUAUUUUAUAUUUGAGAUUCUUCAAAUAGCCACCCUUUGCCUUGAUGACAGCUUAGCACACUCUUGGCAUUCUCUCAACCAGCUUCACCUGGAAUGCUUUUCCAACAGUCUUGAAGGAGUUCCCACAUAUGCUGAGCACUUGUUGGCUGCUUUUCCUUCACUCUGCAAUCCGACUCAUCCCAAACCAUCUCAAUUGGGUUGAGGUCGGGGGAUUGUGGAGGCCAGGUCAUCUGAUGCAGCACUCCAUCACUCUCCUUCUUGGUAAAAUAGCCCUUACACAGCCUGGAGGUGUGUUGGGUCAUUGUCCUGUUGAAAAACAAAUGAUGAUCCCACUAAGCCCAAACCAGAUGGGAUGGCGUAUCACUGCAGAAUGCUGUGGUAGUCAUGCUGGUUAAGUGUGCCUUGAAUUCUAAAUAAAAUCACAGACAGUGUCACCAGCAAAGCACCCCCACACCAUAACACCUCCUCCUCCAUGCUGUACGAUGGGAACUACACAUGCGGAGAUAAUCAAACGGUUUGAACCAAAAAUCUCCAAUUUGGACUCCAGACCAAAGGACAAAUUUCCACCGGUCUAAUGCCCAUUGCUCGUGUUUCUUGGCCCAAGCAGGUCUCUUCUUCUUAUUGGUGUCCUUUAGUAGUGGUUUAUUUGCAGCAAUUCGACCACGAAGGCCUGAUUCAUACAGUCCCCUCUGAACAGUUGAUGUUGAGAUUUGUCUGUUACUUGAACUCUGAAGCAUUUAUUUGGGUUGCAAUUUCUGAGGCUGGUAACUCUGGGUCUUGCAUUCCUGUGGUGGUCCUAAUGAGAGCCAGUUUCAUCAUAGCGCUUGAUGGUUUUUGCGACUGCACUUGAGGAAACAUUCAAAGUUCUUAAAAUGUUCCGUGUUGACUAAGCUUCAUGUCUUAAAGUAAUGAUGGACUGUCGUUUCUCUUUGCUUAUUUGAGCUGUUCUUGCCAUAAUAUGGACUUGGUCUUUUACCCAUUUUUCAGAAUAACUAACCGUGCAGUUUAGUGAACCUCUCUAUUGCCCUGUGAUGGAUAGAACACUAGAACGGAAAUACGCUUAUUUUGUAUAUUUGUGACAAUACAAUGUUUGUUGGUAUGUCAAUCAUACCAACAAAUAUAAUAAAUGUUCAGCAUAGCAUGUUGUUGUGUAUAAAGAUGCCACUGGGAUUCUCGCAGCAUGUUAGGCUUUCAAGGGAAAGACCUGUGAAUUCAGUGUAGUGCCUUGGAAGGGAUGAUACAAGUAGUAUGUAUACUUAUCUGCCGUUCCCUCCACACUCGGUGAGAUGUAGGCCGCCUUGUGUACCUUUUCAAGCCUGCUGAGUCUUCGUGUCAAAUGGCACCCUAUUCCUCUCUUUAUAGUGCACUAUAUAGGGAAUACAGUAAGGUGCCAUUUGGGACGCGUGUUUGAGGCAGAGCUGGAGGAGCAAGCACCGCAGCGGUCGGUUAUGAUACACAAAUCACCAUUACCUGUCAACAUGUCACAUGACCCAAAUCACUCACUCGCUCUCUCGCUGUUACUAAGAGGACACCCUAGUCAUGUUUGGAUGGCUAUUGGCUAGUGACGUCACCCUCCAACCAAAGAGUGCCCGUGCCCCCCCCCCCCCCCCCCUCCUCCUCCUCCAUCUCACUCUGUAUCCCUGUAGCCUGACCAUGUUUUCUCAGCAGGACUGGAGGAAGCCUGCCAACCAGGGCUAGCCUAGCGUCUACCACCAGCCAAGUCCUCCUCACUAGCCUACAGUUUGAAAAUGGGAUUAGAGAGCGGAUGCUUCUGGGCAUUCAGCUGGCACAGUUUAGUUUAUGGAUGGUUGUUUGCUCUGGUCUUUGCCUUGGCUGUUGCUGCCAUGACUACCCACUGCAUUACGGUUAGCUGUGAUUUGAUGUUACAGGUUCCAGGUUGGCAUUGUUCUGCAGCGCUUUGGCUACGUUGCUCUGUGGUUAAUAAUUUGUUGGGGUACUGUAAAACAUCAGAGCAAUAUAUUAACCUAUUUAACAAACUUUUACUUAAAUGCCCUGACUGUAGAUCAAACAAAAAAACUAUAUCACAUCAGUAGAAAGUGUGGCAUUUGAUCUCAUUAAUUAUCAUAUUUAUUAGUUGGUAUUAAAAAUGUUAUCGGUAGAUGUACUAGGUCCUUUUAAAACAGAUUUGUUUUGUAUGAGAUUGCUGAUGUAAAUACAGUUGGGUAGGCCUAUUUGUUGCUUUUAUUAAACUAAUUAAUCAUGAGCAUGGCCUCUUAAGAUCUACCGUAGAGCAUGAGUUGAUCUGGCUGAAGAUUUUGUUCAGCUGACAUUCUCCAUGCUCUGUCAUACAAGCAAUAUUUUUUUCCCCCUCUCGUCUUCAAAACAACUAGGCCAACUCAAUCCACGCUAUCAACAGCAUUACACACACAGCAUAGGGACAGUCUAUAAAAAUAAUAACAUAAUCUCUUUAUCUCUGUUUUUAAAAAGCUUAGGCUACUAUUUUGCCGGUCCGUGGAGGGGUGUUAACCUCAGAAAGUGAACGAGCUGUCACCUUAAUUCACCGUAAGGUUAUGUCAUGAGGCUGGCAGGUUUACCCAAACAGGUGUUUGGUGUGGCGGCAACCCGCAGUGCUUGGCCUAGACCCUUUUGCUGUCACAUACACCGGAUAGGUGCAGUGAAAUGUGUUGUUUUAAUUACCUUGUUCCUCCAUCCCCAGGACAACACAACUAUCUGUGUGCUGGGAGGAACGACUGCAUCAUAGACAAGAUCCGCAGGAAGAACUGCCCGGCAUGCCGCUUCCGCAAGUGUCUCCAAGCAGGGAUGAAUCUGGAAGGUAAGAGUGUUACCAACACACAUUCAUAUUGUCCUCAUAUCAGUGGACUGGUAGUAUACACUAUUACAGUCUUUUGGCAAACAUAGUCAUCCGGCAAAGGUUCAUCAGUGGUAAUUUUCAGCAUAUUGUCUGUGUAAGGCAGGGCUUUAUGUUUUGUCCCCUAUAGCGAUUGUGAUUAGGAGUAGGAUUAACUCUUGGAUUCACUUAAGGCAGUAGUGGGCCUUAAUUCCCGCGGUUUAUGUUGACAUUAGCAAGUGGUUUCUCUCUGGACCAGUGUUUAACAAGGGUCAGAGCCAUUGAUGAACAACAAUCAUUCAGUCAGACCCAGUUCCUCCCAUGUCCCUUAGCCAUAGAAAGAUAGUUACAAGGCUCACAUCAGCUCUGUUUGUAUUUUUAGGGGAUAGGGCCUAAAUGGUAUAGAGAGAAGGAAAAUAUGCCAUUAAGAAAGAGGCAGCACUCUGCGGGAAUGGACAUGACGAUAAUUCACAUUAAUGCACUUCAUGCUAUUUAUAUAUAUAUGUUCAUUCUCACAGUGCUGCAGGGUAUUAAAUUGUUGAUUUAUUUGUAUGAAUCAGAGAGGGAAAAAACCUUGAUGGACGCGGGUGCAUCAGCAGACAACCAAAACCUUAGGUCAUACCAGAAUGGCUCUUAGUUGCCAUAGAAACAUGUAUGGAGGAAAUUAAAAAAGGAGCGAGAAGACUGAGAUGUUUUUGUUGAUGGUAACCCUCUCAUCCGGAGCCAAGCAGCACAUAUUAUAACAGAAUAGCAAAAUUGAUGGAACAGUUUUUCACCAAGUCCAAAAUACAUUUUGUGUUCUUCUCGUGUUAUGUUGCUCUUUUUUAAAUAAAGACCCAUAGAAAUACACAAGAAAGUAAGUCUCUUUCAAUUAAUAAAACCUUUUGAGGCGUAACACAAUGUGGAUGACUGACCUUUAUGUUAUGAGUACACUGUAGCCUAUAGGCUGCAUAUUGUUGUUAUGAAUACACAAGGCAAGGUGUCUAUGUGGUCUAUACACUGUCACCACCUGGGUCGAGUGGGAUACGAUAGUUAACAGGGAGGAUAAUUACUGAUCAGCUCUUUUCUUCUCUCUCUCUCUUCGCAGCGAGGAAAAACAAGAAGCUGAUCCGAUUAAAAGGUCAGCAGACCACAAUGGAGCCGAGCCCUCCCCCACCUGACGAGAGGGCCUGCGCCCUGAUCCCCAAGUCCAUGCCCCAGCUGGUGCCCACCAUGUUGUCCCUGCUCAAAGCCAUCGAGCCCGAGGCUAUUUACUCUGGUUACGACAGCACCAUUCCCGACACCUCCACCCGCCUCAUGACCACCCUCAACAGGCUGGGCGGACAGCAGGUUGUCUCAGCCGUCAAGUGGGCCAAGUCCCUACCAGGUGAGACCACAUUGGUAAACCUCCAUUAACACUGUGACCGCAGACCGCACAAAUAUGACUAGCCGUCAUUAUGGGCUAGGCUUGGUCCAUUCCAUUUCAACUCGAGUUAAUUCAGGAAAUGAACCAGGCCUACAUGUAAAUCCAGUGGCUUGCAAAUUAAUGAGGAUAUUUUUAAUUAAUCUCAUGAAUUUCCAUUUUAUUGAUCGUGGAAUGGAAUUGAGUUGACCCCCCAGCCUCUAAUCAUAAGAAAGAGGGUGCAUGGUUUGGUAAUCGCCACAAAUAUUUACUCUGCUCCUCGGUCUCUCCCAGCGGCCAACUGGCCUGGAAUGGAAGAACUCGUGGAGAAAUCUUACACAACCACUGCAUGGUUAAGCAAAUAUGAUCUGAAUGGACCUUCAACACUUUUGAAGUCUCAACAAUGAGAGAUGAUUGAACUGCAAUUAAAGGUCACUUUUAACAUUGAUUUAACGCAUAACAGUCUAAUCCCUGUCUAAGAUGGGGGGGGGGGGGGGGGGUUCUACUAAGCUAUAUAGAAUUUGUUUUAAGAAGGUCAUACCAAGGAUCAUUUUGCUAUUUGAUUUUGAAUUUUGAAGUAUGCAAAUAGAUAAAACAUUUUAUUUGGCCUUACUGCUAUUAGCCCAUACAAACGUAUUGAAUAACAGAUUCACUACAUGGAACAACACAUAGUCCCCCAAAAAAUCUAAAGGAACUUUGUUCUGAAGUGUCUGUCCUAUAUCUGAGAGAGAUAAAAAAUGUUUUACAUGUAUUUAACCCCUUAUUUUUGGUACUAAACAGUCUCCAUAUACAGUUGAAGUCGGAAGUUUAGAUACACCUUAGCCAAAUACAUUUAAACUCAGUUUUUCACAAUUCCUGACAUUUAAUCCUAGUAAAAAUUCCCUGUCUUAGGUCAGUUAGGAUCACCACUUUAUUUUAAAAAUGUGAAAUGUCAGAAUAAUAGUAGAGAGAAUGAUUUAUUUCAGCUUUUAUUUAUUUAAUCACAUUCCCAGUGUGUCAGAAGUUUACAUACACUCAAUUAGUAUUUGGUAGCAUUGCCUUUUAAAUUGUUUAACUUGGGUCAAACGUUUCGGGUAGCCUUCCACAAGCUUCCCACAAUAAGUUGGGUGAAUUUUGGCCCAUUCCUCCUGACAGAGCUGGUGUAACUGAGUCAGGUUUGUUGGCCUCCUUGCUCGCACACGCCUUUUCAGUUCUGCCCACAAAUAAUAAUAAUAAUAAUAAAAUGUUCUAUAGGAUUGAGGUCAGGGCUUUGUGAUGGCCACUCCAAUACCUUGACUUUGUUGUCCUUAAGCCAUUUUGCCACAACUUUGGAAGUAUGCUUGGGGUCAUUGUCCAUUUGGAAGACCCAUUUGCGACCAAGCUUUAACUUCCUGACUGAUGUCUUGAGAUGUUGCUUCAAUAUAUCCACAUAAUUUUCCUUCCUCAUGAUGCCAUCCAUUUUGUGAAGUGCACCAGUCCCUCCUGCAGCAAAGCACCCCCACAGCAUGAUGCUGCCACCCCCGUGCUUCACGGUUGGGAUGGUGUUCUUCGGCUUUCAAGCCUACCCCUUUUUCCUCCAAACAUAACGAUGGUCAUUAUGGCCAAACAGUUCUAUUUUUGUUUCAUCAGACCGGAGGACAUUUCUCCAAAAAGUAAGAUCUUUGUCCCCAUGUGCAGUUGCAAACCGUAGUCUGGCUUUUUAAUGGUGGUUUUGGAGCAGUGGCUUCUUCCUUGCUGAAUGUCCUUUCAGGUUAUGUCAAUAUAGGACUCGUUUUACUGUGGAUAUAGAUACUUUUGUACCUGUUUCCUCCAGCAUCUUCACAAGGUCCUUUGCUGCUGUUCUGGGAUUGAUUUGCACUUUUCGUACCAAAGUACGUUCAUCUCUAGGAACGCGUCUCCUUCCUGAGCGGUAUGACGGCUGCGUGGUCCCAUGGUUUGUACAGAUGAACGUUUGUUUGUACAGAUGAACGUGGUACCUUCAGGUGUAUGGGAAUUGCUCCCAAGGAUGACCAGACUUGUGGAGUUCUACAAUUAUUUUUCUGAGGUUUGAUUUAUUUUGAUUUUCCCAUGAUGUCAAGCAAAGAGGCACUGAGUUUGAAGGUAGGCCUUGAAAUACAUCCACAGGUACACCUCCAAUUGACUCCAAUGAUGUCAAUUAGCCUAUCAGAAGCUUCUAAAGCCAUGACAUCAUUUUCUGGAAUUUUCCAAGCUGUUUAUAGUCACAGUCAACUUAGUGCAUGUAAACUUCUGACCCACUGGAAUUGUGAUACAGUGAAUUAUAAGUGAAAUAAUUUCCAAAAAUUGUUGGAAAGAUUACUUGUCAUGCACAAAGUAGAUGUCCUAACCGACUUGCCAAAACUACAGUUUGUUAACAAGAAAUGUGUGGAGUGGUUGAAUAACGAGUUUUAAUGACUCUAACCUAACUGUAUGUAAACUUCCGACUUCAACUGUAGCUCACUCAAUAGACCAGCACUAACAACACUGCAAUCCUGACUGACCAAUGCUCUGUCUGUUGUCUGUUUUGUGCAGGGUUCCGGAACCUUCACCUGGACGACCAGAUGACCCUGCUGCAGUGCUCCUGGCUGUUCCUCAUGUCCUUCGGCCUGGGCUGGCGCUCCUACCAGCAGUGUAACGGGGGAAUGUUGUGCUUCGCCCCUGACCUGGUUAUUAAUGAGUAAGUCCAGAGGGUCAGAGAUUGAGAGGGGUCAGAGAUUGAAAGGGGUCAGAGAUUGAGAGGGGUCAGAGAUUGAGAGGGGGCAGGGAUACACCUAGGAGGGCUGUAGCUGGCUGGGGGAUCUGGAGCUGAGAAAGGUAGGUGGAUUUCUAUGGAUCACUAGUUUAAACCAGAGCCUCUCUAUGAUAUGGAUUGAUGGAAUGAAAAAUGGAUGCAAAUACCGCUGCGGAAAAAAUUAAGAGUCCACUGCAAAAUUAUCUGUUUCUCCGGUUUUACUAUUUAUAGGUAUGUGUUUGGGUAAAAAUAACAUUUUUGUUUUAUUCUAUAAACUACUGACAACAUUUCUCCCAAAUUCCAAAUAAAAAUAUUGUCAUUUAGAGCAUUUAUUUGCUUGUCAAACUUGUCAAAAUAACAAAAAAGAUGCAGUGUUGUCAGACCUCGAAUAAUGCAAAGAAAAUAAGUUAAUGUUCAUUUUUAAACAAUGCAUUAGUAAUGUUUUAACUUAGGAAGAGUUCAGAAAUCAAUAUUUGGUGGAAUAACCCUGAUUUUCAAUCACAGCUUUCAUGCGUCUUGGCAUGCUCGCCACCAGUCUUUCACAUUGAUGUUGGGUGACUUUAUGCCACUCCUGGCGCAAAAAUUCAAGCAGCUCGGCUUUGUUUGAUGGCUUGUGAUCAUCCAUCUUCCUCUUGAUCACAUUCUUGACGUUUUCAAUGGGGUUCAGGUCUGGAGAUUGGGCUGGCCAUGACAGGGUCUUGAUCUGGUGGUCCUCCAUCCACACCUUGAUUGACCUGGCUGUGUGGCAUGGCGCACUGUCCUGCUGGAAAAACCAAUCCUCAGAGUUGGGGAACAAUGUCAUAGCAAAAGGAAGCAAGUUUUCUUCCAGGACAACCUUGUACGUGGCUUGAUUCAUGCGUCCUUCACAAAGACAAACCUGCCCGAUUCCAGCCUUGCUGAAGCACCCCCAGAUGCAUCACUGAUCCUCCACCAAAUUUCACAGUGGGUGCGAGACACUGUUGCUUGUAGGUCUCUCCAGGUCUCUGUCUAACCAUUAGACGACCAGGUGUUGGGCAAAGCUGAAAAUUGGACUCAUCAGAGAAGAUGACCUUACUCCACUCCUCUAGGGCCAAUCCUUACGGUCUUUUGCAAACCUCAGUCUGGCUCUUCUUUGCUUCUCAUUGAUGAAGGGAUUUUUUCUAGCUUUGCACGACUUCAGCCCUGCCCCUAGGAGCCUGUUUCAAACCGUCCUCGCCGUGCACUUCACCCCAGCUGCCCUUUGCCAUUCUUUUUGUAGGUCACUUGAUGUCAUCCUACGGUUGUUGAGUGACAUUCGAAUGAAUUGGCGGUCAUCCCGGUCAGUAGAGAGUUGUUGUCCCCAAUGUCUGCUGCUUGACCUUGUUCUUAUGAACCGCCGUCUUUGAAAUUUUAAGGAUGGAAGCAACCUGACGCUCACUGUAUCCCUCUGCCAGUAAAGCCAGAAUUGAACCCUUCAUUUCCUCACUCAAAACAUUCCUUUUCAACUCUUUUGGCAUGGUCAAUAGUUCUUUUCUGAUUAAUAUUACUUUUGAGGUACUAUUAGCACUGUUUUUGCCAUCCAGCUGGUCCUAUUGCAAGAGGAUAGUGAUGACCACAGCAGUGGUUUUUAUACUUUUCCUCGUUAAAUAAGAUUUGGUUCAGUUGAUCACCUAAUCAGUACCUAAUUCAGUAGAAUGAGGUGUGCCUGUGUUGGAAUUCAACAGACACUGGAAUGGAAUGGCUGUCAUACAUGUAGAGAUGCUGAUUUUUUUUCCACAGCUGUAUAUCCUGGACAACGUGAAGAGGUGGGAGAUCCUGUCCAUCCAAUAAGGGCUGAUUUCACAGCCCAGAUUCACAACGCUCUGUUUCUCCAGCUGUAUCAUAGGCGGAACGGUCAUUACACUAUGUGGAUUGCAGAUGGAAAUAGGUGUUGAUUAUAAGUGUGUGUGUGUGUCUCAGUGAGAGGAUGAAGUUGCCCUACAUGACUGACCAGUGUGAGCAGAUGCUGAAGAUCUCCACUGAGUUUGUGAGGCUGCAGGUGUCCUACGACGAGUACCUGUGUAUGAAAGUCCUGCUGCUGCUCAGUACAGGUACAGUACCACAUUUACAGUCAUUCUUAGUUAUACAGUAUGAUUUGUAUACAAUGUUUUUCGUUGUUUUUGUCAUAUUUGUAAAAGUAUAACGUAAAAAUAUAACAUGAAUCAUUUUAAAUUUUUUAGUCAGUUAGCAGAUGCUCUUAUCCAGAGCGACUUCAAAUUAAUGCAUUCAUCUUAAGAUGGCUAGUUGAGACAACCACAUGCUGUGGGAUUUAUUUAAGAUACUCUUUGAAGAGGUAGGGUUUCAGACGUUUUCAGAAGAUGGGUAGGGACUCGCUGUCCUGACGUUAGGGGGAAGCUUGUUCCACCCUUGGGGUGCCAGGAUAGAGAAGAACUGGACUGGGCUGAGCGGGAGCUGACCCCCUGUAGAUUUAAACAGUUAUUCAUUAUGCCAGUCCAACACAGUUUGAAGGGAACAGGCUGGGGAAAAGCAGAACAAAUGUUUUGAUGUCUCAAAGUACAGAAGAGGAGGGAAUCCAGACAGACAACUGAAGCUUCAGCUUUUGAAUUAGCUUUGUACAAAUGAGGCCUCAGGGAGAAAAAAAAAUCCCAGCAUGACAAGCCAUUACCAAAUCAUAUUUAAGCAGAAGGCACUGCUUAUUGCAGUGUUGUUGACUUAGAAUGACUGCUUUUAAGGCUUUCAAAUUACUCAGUGAGUGGUUUUGAAAGGAGCACACACUUGUCUUUUGAUUGCUUCUUAAGGAAAUUAAAAUUACAUUUACAUGCAGAGCUGUGCUUUUAUUAAACCAGUGAGCAAUCUUCCUUGAAUUUGUUUCUCACACAGUCCCGACAGACAUUUUCACAUUUUAUUUUUAUUGGGUCAUCAAUAAUGAUAUCCACAUAAUUGAAACUGGAAAUGUCAAGGAAAUACACAAGGUGACAAUUUUUGAUUCAUGUAGACAUAUUGCCUGCUUUUAUAGACCUGGGUCGUUCCACAAAUAGGUUGUUCCUUUUUUGUGUCCCUUUGCUAUUUUAAGUAGAAAUUGUGAAACAAUAUUGAAUACAUUUUUCAUUUAAAAUAGUCAGCACUUUGACAUGUCCCUCCAUGCACCAUUUGUGUCUUCUAGGAAGAUUUUAACGCACUUAAUCCCAAAAUGUCUCCUAAAUUUUCACCAUCAGUAACCACGUUUCCGUCAAAUGGUAGGUCCAGGUUGUCACAGAAAUGUUGCAUGAAAAUCUGUCGCCAAUUGAAUGGAACCUAGCUAUUGUAAAAUGUGAUUUUGUGAUCUGUCCCUAAUUUUAAGGUAAACCCUGUGAGGUGAUCUGAACUCUCGUUUUAAUAUGGUGAAACUAUUGUCCUUAAAUACAUUCUAAAGAAACAUUGAACAUCUAAUAGUCAAAUCAUAGAGUAAAAGCAGUUGAGCUGGUUCUACUCUUUUUGGCCAUUUUCUGGUGUUUUGUGGUGGAAAACUGAGUUGGUUGAGAAAAACACGUCAACCCUGUUAACCAUAGUUAGACAGGCUAGAAAUGUUUUAACAAUUAAAGCAAUUUUGUUUCGCACAACAAGCUUCCAUUCCCCCCGUCACAAGGAUUCAUGGCUGAUUUAACUAGUAAUUACCAGUUGGAGGCUGAGUAUGUGAGCGGAGUUGAGCGGACGGAAAUCCGGCUCAUGGAGCGGUGCUUGUGCACCGCUCCGGCGAUCCACGUCCUUUUCCUUCCGCUAAAAUCUGCUCUUCGCUCCAAAUUCGCUCCAUUCAUUAAAAUCACAAUUUAACCAACACCCAUCCAUUUUUGUGGCUACCUGGACCUACCAUUUGAUUUUGAAGUAUUCAAACCAAACCAUAUGAUUUGAAUGAAAAGUAUUAUAAUGAACAUGAAAAGGUGAAUGUAAGAAGCGUUCAUCAUUUCAAAUAGACUACAUGUCUUAUUAAACAGCAUAUAAACACUCUAAAUAGGUCAGGAGCCAGACAGGGAGCCUAAGAAGGAAAAUGAAUGAUUUAGGCUAUAUUAUUUAUAUUAUUUCAAGGCUAUAGCCUACAAAGAAACAUGUUGUGAAGCAUUUGAUGGACUGUUGUUUCUCUUUGCAUAUUUGCGCUGUUCUUGCCAUAAUAUGGACUUGGUCUUUUACCAAAUAGGGCUAUCUUCUGUAUACACCCCCUACCUUGUCACAACACAACUGAUUGGCUCAAACGCAUUAAGAAGGCACACCUGUUAAUUGAAAUGCAUUCCAGGUGACUACCUCAUGGAGCUGGUUGAGAGAAUGCCAAGAGUGUGCAAAGAUGUCAUCAAGGCAAAGGGUGGCUAUUUGAAGAAUCUCAAAUAUAAAUUCUAUUUUGAUUUGUUUAACACUUUUUUGGUUACUACAUGAUUCCAUAUGUGUUAUUUCAUAGUUUUGAUGUCUUCACUAUUUUUCUACAAUGUAGAAAAUAGUAAAAAAUAAAGAAAAACCCUUGAAUGAGUAGGUGUGUCCAAACGUUUGACUGAUACUGUAGGCUGUGACUUACUUAGAAUGAAAUACAAAUUAAACGAAAAAUGCCUUAUUAGGCUCAGUCUACGGUGCCUUUUGAAUUCAUUUUUAAAAACACCAGUUUGACCAGAGUCUGUGGCAUUAGGCUCAUGCGAUGGUGCCUGGAGAGCAGGCCAGCAGCGGAGAAUAUCCUCUCCACGCUUGCAGACACUGGGGAUGCUAAACACCCUUUUGGCCACUCUUGCCAGGCUGGGCAGGGAUGCAGAGUUUUUUUUCUAUUCAUUUUUCUAAAUGUAGGCCUAAGGGUUUUUAGGCAAAAUAACCCAAUCAAAACGUAAAGCUCCUUGAAAGUGGGAAUAUGCCCCAGGCCUAUUGGACCAAAAUCAAUUAUGGCAAAUUGUAUAGAUAAUAGAACAAAAAUUAAGGAAACUUUUAAGAUAUUUGAUUUUCAGUUUAUAAAUACUUUGCCACAAUGACACACUUAAUUAGUUACCCGCCUCGUACCUUUCCUUUAGCAUGUGCACGUAUAAGUACACCAUCAUGCUUUCGGGAUAUGUGUCUUUUCAGAUUCCACAAUGAUUCUUUAGUUGUAGACACUACAUCACUGCACUCACUCUCUCUCUUGCUCUUGGUCCUCAUCUUUGGAAGUCACCUUGAUUUAGCACCUGUGUGUUUUAUCAGUUUCUUUAUGAAAAUAUUUAGUGAACUCCAUGACAGUAGCUAAAGCAAGGGGCUAUAGCAGCACACAAGUAGACUACAAAUGCAUGCUGGGACGGCAUGCCCUGAACUCGUGAAGUGAGCGCUACUGGAGCACUAUUGGAGAGGGCGAGAAGGCCGAUGCUCAAGCAUUUGGGAAUCUCACUCCGCGCUUCAGUCAAAUUGGGCACACUCCUCGCUCCGCUCACAUACUCUGGUUGGAGGGCCGAAUGCACCAUAACGCCGCUAACUAUCCCCUAUAGAGCCGUAUAUUAUACAGUGGGGAGAACAAGUAUUUGAUACACUGCCGAUUUUGCAGGUUUUCCUACUUACAAAGCAUGUAGAGGUCUGUAAUUGUUAUCAUAGGUACACUUCAACUGUGAGAGACGGAAUCUAAAAAAAAAUCCAGAAAAUAACAUUGUAUGAUUUUUAAGUAAUUAAUUUGCAUUUUAUUGCAUGACAUAAGUAUUUGAUACAUCAGAAAAGCAGAACUUAAUAUUUGGUACAGAAACCUUUGUUUGCAAUUACAGAGAUCAUACGUUUUCUGUAGGUCUUGACCAGGUUUGCACACACUGCAGCAGAGAUUUUGGCCCACUCCUCCAUACAGACCUUCUCCAGAUCCUUCAGGUUUCGGGGCUGUCGCUGGGCAAUACGGACUUUCAGCUCCCUCCAAAGAUUUUCUAUUGGGUUCAGGUCUGGAGACUGGCUAGGCCACUCCAGGACCUUGAGAUGCUUCUUACGGAGCCACUCCUUAGUUGCCCUGGCUGUGUGUUUCGGGUCGUUGUCAUGCUGGAAGACCCAGCCACGACCCAUCGUCAAUGCUCUUACUGAGGGAAGGCGGUUGUUGGCCAAGAUCUUGCGAUACAUGGCCCCAUCCAUCCUCCCCUCAAUACGGUGCAGUCGUCCUGUCCCCUUUGCAGAAAAGCAUCCCCAAAGAAUGAUGUUUCAACCUCCAUGCUUCACGGUUGGGAUGGUGUUCUUGGGGUUGUACUCAUCCUUCUUCUUCCUCCAAACACGGCGAGUGGAGUUUAGACCAAAAAGCUCUAUUUUUGUCUCAUCUGACCACAUGACCUUCUCCCAUUCCUCCUCUGGAUCAUCCAGAUGGUCAUUGGUAAACUUCAGACGGGCCUGGACAUGCGCUGGCUUGAGCAGGGGGACCUUGCGUGCGCUGCAGGAUUUUAAUCCAUGACGGCGUAGUGUGUUACUAAUGGUUUUCUUUGAAACUGUGGUCCCAGCUCUCUUCAGGUCAUUGACCAGGUCCUGCCGUGUAGUUCUGGGCUGAUCUCUCAUCUUCCUCAUGAUCAUUGAUGCCCCACGAGGUGAGAUCUUGCAUGGAGCCCCAGACCGAGGGUGAUUGACCAUUAUCUUGAACAUCUUCCAUUUCCGAAUAAUUGCGCCAACAGUUGUUGCCUUCUCACCAAGCUGCUUGCCUAUUGUCCUGUAGCCCAUCCCAGCCUUGUGCAGGUCUACAAUUGUAUCCCUGAUGUCCUUACACAGCUCUCUGGUCUUGGCCAUUGUGGAGAGGUUGGAGUCUGUUUGAUUGAGUGUGUGGACAGGUGUCUUUUAUACAGGUAAUGAGUGGAGAACAGGAGGGCUUCUUAAAGAAAAACUAACAGGUCUGUGAGAGUCGGAAUUCUUACUGGUUGGUAGGUGAUCAAAUACUUAUGUCAUGCAAUAAAAUGCAAAUUAAUUACUUAAAAAUCAUACAAUGUGAUUUUCUGGAUUUUUGUUUUAGAUUCCGUCUCUCACAGUUGAAGUGUACCUAUGAUAAACAUUACAGACCUCUACAUGCUUUGUAAGUAGGAAAACCUGCAAAAUCGGCAGUGUAUCAAAUACUUGUUCUCCCCACUGUAUAUACAGUGAGGGGGAAAAAGUAUUUGAUCCCCUGCUGAUUUUGUACGUUUGCCCGCUGACAAAGAAAUGAUCAGUCUAUAAUUUUAAUGGUAGGUUUAUUUGAACAGUGAGAGACAGAAUAACAACAAAAAAAUCCAGAAAAACGCAUGUCAAAAUUUUUAUAAAUUGAUUUGCAUUUUAAUGAGGGAAAUAAGUAUUUGACCCCCUCUCAAUCAGAAAGAUUUCUGGCUCCCAGGUGUCUUUUAUACAGGUAACAAGCUGAGAUUAGGAGCACACUCUUAAAGGGAGUGCUCCUAAUCAGCUUGUUACCUGUAUAAAAGACACCUGUCCACAGAAGCAAUCAAUCAAUCAGAUUCCAAACUCUCCACCAUGGCCAAGACCAAAGAGCUCUCCAAGGAUGUCAGGGACAAGAUUGUAGACCUACACAAGGCUGGAAUGGGCUACAAGACCAUCGCCAAGCAGCUUGGUGAGAAGGUGACAACAGUUGGUGCGAUUAUUCGCAAAUGGAAGAAACAAAAAAGACCUGUCAAUCUCCCUCGGCCUGGGGCUCCAUGCAAGAUCUCACCUCGUGGAGUUGCAAUGAUCAUGAGAACGGUGAGGAAUCAGCCCAGAACUACACGGGAGGAUCUUGUCAAUGAUCUCAAGGCAGCUGGGACCAUAGUCAUCAAGAAAACAAUUGGUAACACACUACGCCGUGAAGGACUGAAAUCCUGCAGCGCCCGCAAGGUCCCCCUGCUUAAGAAAGCACAUCUGAAGUUUGCCAAUAAACAUCUGAAUGAUUCAGAGGAGAACUGGGUGAAAGUGUUGUGGUCAGAUGAGACCAAAAUCGAGCUCUUUGGCAUCAACUCAACUUGCCGUGUUUGGAGGAGGAGGAAUGCUGCCUAUGACCCCAAGAACACCAUCCCCACCGUCAAACAUGGAGGUGGAAACAUUAUGCUUUGGGGGUGUUUUUCUGCUAAGGGGACAGGACAACUUCACCGCAUCAAAGGGACGAUGGACGGGGCCAUGUACCGUUAAAUCUUGGGUGAGAACAUCCUUCCCUCAGCCAGGGCAUUGAAAAUGGGUCGUGGAUGGGUAUUCCAGCAUGACAAUGACCCAAAACACACGGCCAUGGCAACAAAGGAGUGGCUCAAGAAGAAGCACAUUAAGGUCCUGGAGUGGCCUAGCCAGUCUCCAGACCUUAAUCCCAUAGAAAAUAUGUGGAGGGAGCUGAAGGUUCGAGUUGCCAAACAUCAGCCUCGAAACCUUAAUGACUUAGAGAAGAUCUGCAAAGAGGAGUGGGACAAAAUCCCUCCUGAGAUGUGUGCAAACCUGGUGGCCAACUUCAAGAAAUGUCUGACCUCUGUGAUUGCCAACAAGGGUUUUGCCACCAAGUACUACGUCAUGUUUUGCAGAGGGAUCAAAUACUUAUUUCCCUCAUUAAAAUGCAAAUCAAUUCAUAACAUUUUUGACAUGCGUUUUUCUGGAUGUUGUUGUUGUUAUUCCGUCUCUCACUGUUCAAAUAAACCUACCAUUAAAAUUAUAGACUGAUCAUGUCUUUGUCAGUGGGCAAACGUACAAAAUCAGCAGGGGAUCAAAUACUUUUUUCCCUCACUGUACAUAUUGUGGAGCGUUGUACAAUGUAGUUUUUGUUUAAAUCGAUACAAUCUAAAACUUUGGUGAAAUCCCCCCCAAAAUCUGACCAAGUUACACCAAUUUGGUGACUUUUGAGAAGUGUAACUACCCAUCUAUAGACAUAUCUCCUGUUAGUAUUGCCUGCUACUUCAAUGCAUCUUUAAUUAGUUCGAAAACGUAGGUGAAGGCUAUUAGCUGGAGGAUGACGCCAUAUUGUAGCUCUCUCAAAUCAAAAUAGUGAUUUGUCAGUUAUUCUGCGCUGGAGAGGCAUAAUAUACUUCUCUUGUAUGUUUGAAAAGGGACCUCAAUAUAUCCAAACCAAAAAGUGUAUACCAGGGGCAAGCCAAUUUGUAUCUCUCAUCUGAUAAGACAAUUGGAGAGUAUUUUACAAUUUCCCUCCUAUGUUGUUUUGCAUAAUAUCUUGUCCAUUGAGUGCGGUUUUGCCUGGGCCCCAGUCCAAGAUCCCAGAAGCCUUCAGUCCAGGGUACGUCCUUCAUCUGGCUCUCAUCAGGGAAGAAUGGGACAGCAUAAAACCCAUUGAUGUUACCUGUGGUUUUGCAUAUUUUCCAUUGACCUAAGUGUGGUUGGGACGGGACGGGAGGGUGGUGUGUAUGAGAUCGUAGUGCCAGGAUAAUGGGCAGUGUUCAGACUAGGAGACUCUCUGGGUCAAAAGAGACUCCUUCCUGGCCUAGCCUAACUGAAGGUCAGAUUGUCUAGCGUGAAUGUUGGUAGACUGAAUGAGGUUGUGUCCUUGACAUCCCAAGCUUUUUAUAAUGACUGUGACGUACACUGCCUUAAUUACAUGAUGAGUAAGAGGUUGUUUAUGCCUGUUUUACUCCCUCCCUCCUGCCCUCCUUCACUUGUGCCUACAGUACCAAAGGAUGGAUUGAAGAGCCAGGUUGUGUUUGAUGAGAUCCGCAUGGCCUACAUCAAGGAGCUGGGGAAGGCCAUUGUCAAGCGGGAAGAGAACUCCAGCCAGAACUGGCAGAGGUUCUACCAACUUACUAAGCUACUGGACUCCAUGCAGGAGGUGAGGCUGAGGCUGAACCCAGCCUGCUCCCACAGCAACACAACACCAUUCAGCAACACAACACCAUUCAGCAACACUUGCCACUGUUUUCCAGGAACUUAUGGAACCCAGGACUUCCUGGUAAACAGUGGCAAGUGUUACUGCUCGGACUAGCCUGCCUAAAUAAAUACUAUGAAAUGAAUGAGUAUGCUCAUACACAACACAGACACACACAUACUUAUCAGCUCUUCUACUCGUCAGCAUACCUACAAAUCAACCUGUUACAGAGGUCCAGUAUGUAUGAUGUGCAGUCGACUAUAAAAAAAUACCCUGUUGUUUCCACAGAUAGUGGGGGGCCUCCUGCAGAUCUGUUUCUACACAUUUGUGAAUAAAUCCCUGAGCGUGGAGUUCCCGGAGAUGCUGGCCGAGAUCAUCAGCAACCAGUUACCAAAAUUCAAAGAUGGGAGCGUCAAGCCACUUCUGUUUCAUGCCUUAAACCAUGACACAAUGCCUUAA